AUAAAAAUCAUAAGGAACACUAAUAUUGAAAGCACAAAACCACUAGUUUAGUCUGGCGGUGAAGACUUUAAAUAGUAUGUUACAUAUCCUGGGUUCAAUCCCCAACUCAUUAUAAAAAAAAAAAUAGCAACAGAAAAUAAAUAAAAUUAGAUAAACGAUUAAUUUAGUUAAAAUUUUUAACUCAAAUUUUCUAUUAACCACUUGAGCUUUUUUUUUUUUUUCUCUUUCUUUGCAUUGAGCUCACUUACUUGGUUAAAUGUUUUUACUUUAUCUUAUAUACAUGUCAUUAAAGAACAAACAAUUUUUUUUUUUUUUUGACAAAAACUAAAGUUGGUUAUGAUGAUCCAUUUAUUUAACAACAAGAACAAUAAAUAAAUAAGUAGUUGGCAUGGGGGAAGUAAGCAAUUUCUUUCAUUAAUUAAUGAUAUAAUUUGUUCAUUGGUUGGUACCAAAAGAUAUAUAAUUUUUCAAAUUUAUAUGUCUUGGGAUUGCCACUUGUCUGACCUUCCCCACACUGUGGAUUCUUGUCUCUCCUCUCUGUAAUUUUUAUUUUCUCUCCUCUUAACCCUCUCUUCUCUUUGUUCUUUCCACCACUUCACCUUUUCCAUUUUCUUUCAGGUCUAAAGCAUCAAGGUGUUUGUUUUAUUAAUCUUGUUGCUGGAGAUGUCUAAGUGAUUCCAUUGUAAAGGGAAUAGAAACAAGCUUCUUCAUUUUGAAUUGCCAAAAUCUUUCUUACAAUGUAUCCGAACCAAGCAUUUUCUUCGGGAUCUUAUGCUGAGAUGAUUUCCGGGAAUACUUUGUUACCUCAUAACUACAGUGAAUCUAUAGGAGGACAAAAUGAGUUGAAGUUUAUGACAUCUAUGAGCGACACAAUGAAUAUGCAGCAUAUCAAUGAGGGUCAUUCUAAUGAUGCUACGAGCGAUCCAAGGACACAAUUUGGACUCGUUGAGAGCGAGCAAAAUGUGCAAUUGCAAGGCUUGUCUCUUAGCCUUGGGACAAUGAUGCCUUCAUUUCAAUAUCAGUAUCCUGGCAACGGUUUCACCUCGCUAAUGAAUGCUCAAAUUUCAAACUUAAAGGAAUCUGCAUCUCUUAAAGAUGACGAGGAAUUGAGAAAUGCUGAGUGCAUUGCAUCUUUGUCUUCUGGAGGAUUUCACAACACUAUCAAAAGGGAGGGUUUGUAUAAUCCACAACACCACUCAAUAGGCCUUAAUGAAGGUCAAUCUGAUCCGUGCCUCCACGGAUCAGCGGUUAUUCCGAACAAUUCCCUUAACUCACAUUACCUUAAGGCAGCCCAGGAAUUGCUUGAUGAAAUAGUUAAUGUCCGAAAGGGAUUGAAACAAACUGGAUCGGAAAAACAACAAAGUUUCCGUGACGCUGGUUUAGAUGGUUCCAAAGAUUCUGAUGGAAAAUCUACAAGUCAAUCUAUGCAAAUAUCUCCCGGACCUAAUGGUUCUAAUGCAAACAACCCUUCAUGUGAGCUAUCACCCGCCGAACGACAACAUUUGUUGGACAAGAAAACAAAACUUUUGGCCAUGUUGGAUGAGGUAGACAAAAGAUACCGACAAUACUGUCAUCAGAUGCAGAUUGUGGUGUCAUCUUUUGACAUGGUUGCUGGUUGUGGAUCUGCUGAACCAUACACUGCUCUUGCUUUGCGCACUAUUUCUCGUCACUUUCGCUGUUUGCGUGAUGCUAUUAGUGGCCAAAUUCAAGUGACUCAAAGGAGCCUAGGAGAACAAGAGGGAAUACCCCGUCUCCGGUAUGUGGAUCAACAGCUUAGACAACAAAAAGCCCUUCAGCAGCUUGGUGUAAUGAGACAAGCUUGGAGACCUCAGAGGGGACUUCCCGAAAGCUCUGUUUCAAUACUCCGUGCGUGGCUCUUCGAGCAUUUCCUUCAUCCUUAUCCAAAGGAUUCAGAGAAAAUUAUGUUGGCAAGACAAACUGGCUUGACCAGAAACCAGGUGGCAAAUUGGUUCAUUAAUGCGAGGGUGCGUCUUUGGAAACCAAUGGUUGAAGAAAUGUACAAAGAAGAGUUUGGUGAUUCGGAGACAAGCAGCAAUCUUUUAUCAGAAAACACACUGAAAGCUCCGAGAGACGAUGAUGUUCGAGUGUGUGAUGAUAAAAGGGAAGAAUCACAGGACAAGUUAACAACUACUGAUAGUGUUCAACAAGGUCAAAUUGCAGGAUUGAAGUUGGAUCAUGCAUCCUCCUCCACCACCGCCGCGACAGAAUUCGAUAGAGGGAUUCAAAGUAAUGAUCAUUGGGCAAAUAUGAUGGAUUCUAGAAUUGGGAAAAUGCAGGGUGACCAACAAAGGUUUAACAUGAACAAUAGUCCUUAUUCAAAUGCACCUAUCUCAAUCAACCAAAAUGUUGAUGGUUGCAUAAUGGAUUCUACUCCUACUACUUAUGAUGAUUUAUCAGAGUUGAGUAACUUUGGUGUCGGUGGCCAUGUCUCACUUGCAUUAGAGUUGAGGAAUUCUGAGAGUGAUGGAUUUGGUUUGUCGAAUGAUGACAUCAAUAAAAGGCGGAACCAAGCAUUGGCUUCUUCAUCAGAUACCGAUUUGUUAGAUUAUCAUUUCACAGACAAUGGAAAGCAACAACACAAGUUUGGCAACCCUCAUUUAUUACAUGAGUUUGUUGUCUGAGCCGAAAGAAGUGUGUUUGGAGAGCUAUCUUAUUAGAAUUUGGAUUUGCAUGUAGUCAACAAUCUCACUCAUUCGCGUAUCAACACAUCAGUGAUCAUUGGAACAUGAUUAGGCGGUCCAAAUUUCAAAUACCGAGCUUGAAAUCUUAGAUCCUCUAAUAUCAAUCCAGCGACCACUGAUGUUGUGCCGACUGCGUGAAUGUGUGAAAUACUGACUGCAGACAAUCUGAAUUCAUCAUACAUGGUGUCACCGCACGUCUAUCUCAAAGCUACAACUACUAGCUUCACGAUGAUCGUGCGUCCUGAUAUAUCCACCGUGUAUCCAAACACAUUGGACCUCUUGGAAAUUUUUUAAUGUUUUGUUAAGGGAAGUAUGGAAAAUGUGUACCUCAAAAAAGUAGAAACUAGAAAGAGAAAAACAUGUAUGCUGUUAUUGUGUUAUUGCUUCUCAUUAUUAUUGUUGUCCACAGUGAAUCAUAAAACUAUAUGUUGUAAAACAUGAACAGUACAAAAUAUACACGUAGGUAUGUGUAGAUGAUAGUGUGUUUUGUAAUAUUGUGGGGUGAUUGGUUAUUAUUUGUAUGUAUGUGCAGGCAAUUUUGUAAGGACAAGAAACAUAUCUAAUGCAUCAUCAUCAUGAAUAAGGAAGGAAUCUUCUGUGAAAAAUGUAUACAUCAAAGUACGAUGUGUGAAUGAAUUGAAUCUUUGUGCUCA